CAAAUAGCAACGCGUGACGUCAAUAUUGUGCAUACAGGCAGAACUUUUUUUUUAUGUUUACGAUGUGUGAGCUGUCAUCUAAUAUAAAAUGAAAUGAAUUUGCUAUGAAAUGUUCUGAAAGUAACAAGGCAGUUUGAUUAGAAUUUGGAAACUGGUACAUCACAUAUAAUGGAUACUGUAUCAUCAACUAGCACAUCAUCCGAAGGAGAUUCCAUUAAGAUAUUUCUUCGUGUUCGGCCACCUGACCCUAGUAUAAGUGAGAAUGAUUUUGCACCGCGAGUAUUAGAUGUCAAUACUGCAGAUAAUGCAGUGAUCCUCAGAACUAAGCCAGAACCUAAAGUUUUCACAUAUGACAAUGUUGCUGAUGCUGAUAUAACUCAGGAAGCUGUGUUUUCUAUAGUUGGCAAAAAAAUUAUUGAAAGUUGUGUUACUGGCUAUAACGGGACUAUUUUUGCUUAUGGGCAAACUGGUUCAGGAAAAACUUUCACUAUGCUGGGACCUUCAGAAAAUUCUGAUAGCUUUCAGCAUGAAUUGCGUGGUGUAAUUCCUAGAAGUUUUGAGUAUUUAUUUAGCUUGAUUGCACACCAACAAGAACUGCACGGCAGCAAGAAGCAGUUCCUGUGCCGCUGCUCCUUCCUAGAGAUUUACCAGGAACAAAUAUUUGAUCUGUUGGACCCGGCUUCUCAAGGUCUCCAUCUGCGUGAAAAUAUGAAUAAAGGUGUAUUUGUGGAUGGCCUUAUUGAACAGGUUAUAUGUAACCCCAGCGAUGCAUAUCAGGUCCUCAUAAUGGGUUGGCUGAAUCGAAGAGUGGCUGCAACUUCCAUGAAUCGAGAAAGUUCACGGUCUCAUGCUGUUUUUACAGUAAUGAUUGAGUCCAAAGAGGAUGCUGGCGGUGUACAAAACAUUCGCACCUCGCAGUUGAACCUUGUUGACUUGGCUGGUUCAGAACGUCAAAAAGACACUAAUACUGGUGGAACAAGGCUAAAAGAAGCAGGCAGCAUAAAUAAGUCUCUGUCCGUGCUAGGUAAUGUUAUAAUGUCUCUUGUAGACCUCAGCCAUGGCAAAAAAAGACACAUUCCAUACAGAGAUUCCAAGCUUACUUUUUUAUUAAGGGAUUCUCUUGGUGGCAACACCAAGACCAGAAUGAUUGCAUGCGUGCACCCAGAUUCCAGAUGUUUUGGAGAAACUCUCUCAACACUGAAUUUUGCACGAAGUGCAAAACUGAUUAAGAAUAAAGCUGUUGUCAAUGAAGAUUUUCAUGGAAACAACCAAAAACUCCAAAAUGAAAUUCGCCGUUUGAAAGAACUUUUGGAGUCCUUACAGAACUCACCAGGCCCAGAGAUACGUCCUAGUGUUGUAACUCCAACAGGUACAGUCAUCCCUAGUGUUGUCACUGCACCAGAUACACCAAGUUUCAUGAAUGCUGAUUCAGUGUGGAAGAAAAACUUUAUCGAGGCUAUGUACUUUAGAGAACAAUCUGAAAAUGAAAAAAAGACACUUCAAGAUGUUGUGAAUCAUCUUCAAGAGUUGUGUAACAAGAAAGACAAGUACAUUCAGUCCACAAAAAUGAUCAUCAAGUUUAGAGAGAACCACAUACAGUCUUUGCAGCAGGCUUCAAAAGGUUACACAGAAAUGGAGAAAGACCUGCUAGUGAAAUCUUUACGUGAUGAAAUCAAAGUCCUGAGGCAACAGCUGGAGAAUAACCCGAUGCUAGCCAAAUAUGCAGGAGAAAACAAACAUUUACGGAGUGAGCUCAAGCAGCUGAGGGCCCGCGAAUCUCUUAGCAAUAUCCACAGUGAUGUUUCCAGGAGUGCACAGCUAGAGAGGGUCUUCAAGGAACUAAAGCUAUUUAAAGAGUUAAGUACAGGCAACUCCUGUGGGGGCCUUAGAUCAUCUCCAUUGAAGGAUGGACUGUCAGCCGCUACUCUUGAUAAACAUAGGCGAGAAAUCAAAGGCUACCAAGAGCAGUUAGAAAAUGUUAGACAGCAGCUGUCUGAUAUGACAAAAGCAGCAGAGAACAGACAGAUGGAAAUGGAGGUUGAGCUGGUUUCUUGUCGCAGGAUGAUAGUAGAGCUUGAAAGGGUGCUGGAAGCUCACCAACUGAAAGCUCGAAUUGAAUGCAAUGCAUUGAAGGAUCUGCAUUGCCAAACUCUAAAGUAUAGUGCUUUUUAUAACCAGGUAAUGACAACUCCCAAACUGUCAGCAAGUUCUCCCAACACACAGGAUCAAGCUGUUGGUGAUGCACCUGAUUCAGAACUUGGGAUCACUGACUGUAUCUUGCCCAAAGACUUGGCAGAAGGUGCUCACGAUGCCCUGAUGGAGGAAAUUCGCAUGCUGCAAAUGGAGAAUGGAAAACUGAAGGAAAGGGUUGAUGAGUAUGAAGCAGAUAUGCUCAGACAGAGGCAACAAGUGGAAAAACUAGAACUUUACAACACUCAGUUGAACACGGUUUUGGAAAAAGAGCGUGCUGAAAACACAGCUAGGAGAAAUGACUACACCAGUGCAGUUAACACACUCAAAGAGGAAAUUGAUACUGUUAAAAAUGAUCUCAAAUUAUUAAAUGACGAAAACACAGACUUGCAUCUGGUGCUCAAAUCUGCUGACAAACAGUUGAAAGAAGAGAAGGAGAACCACAAGGCACUUCAUCAGGCUUUCACCCAUGAAAUAGAAACUCUUGAAGCUAAACUUUCCAAGACCAGUAUAGACCUGGAAACCACAACAAGAGAUUAUGAAGAAGCUCUGAAAGAGCUGGGUGCUUUAAAGGAAGAUCUUGAAACAUCCAGUGUGACAAUAGCUUUUCUUGAGAACCACAGUAUUGAGCUUGAGGAAUCCAGAAACAGAGAAGUCAAGAAAAGAGAAAAGAUUGAACAAGAAUAUAAGGCUUUAAAAUCAGCAGGAGAUAUAAAUGACUAUAAAGAGUUUAAGGAGCAGGCUGAAGCCAAUUUGGAUUAUAAAGAGGCUGAACUGGAUGUGAUGAUGCAACAGAAGGCAGAGCAAGAGAAGAUGAUUGAACAGCAGGAAAAACUUAUUGAGGAAAAUAAAGAGAUCAUCAACAAUUUAAUGAACAAGAUGCAUGAAAUGAAAACUAACUUGGCUGGUAAAGAGGCAUCAAACAUGAACCUCAAGUCUGAGAUUGAGAACUACAAGAUGGAAGCCGAAGAAGCCAAGAGAGAUCAGGAAAAAACAUCCGCCCAGCUUGCUGCUACACUAGAAAAAUUGGAAGUCAUGAAGCAGAAUUAUGAGAAUAGCCUGGAUAGAAAGGAUUUUGAAAUCUCAAAUCUACAGGAAGACCAAGAAAGUGCAAAUAACACCAUGCUUAAACAAGCUGAGAUGCUAACUAAUUUACAGGAACAGCUAGAACUAAAAGAAUUACUUUGCAAAGAGAGGUUGGCCACCAUUGAAGACUAUAAAAAUAAGUUGGAAGAAAAAGAGCAGGUGUUGCAAGAAACAAUUCAGAGGUUUAAGGAGCGUCUGCGAGAAGCAAAUAAUUCAGAUGAGAAUACAGAUGGAAUCAAAAAACUUCUCAACCAAAAGAAUAUUGAGCUUGAAACCUUGCAUGUGAAUUACAAAAAACUGGGUUGUAUGCUGCAAGAAUACGAGCUAACACGCAAGGAGAAAAAUGAAGAGAAUGAGUUACUCAAAGCCCAAGUAGUUGAUCUGGAGAAGACCAAAGAAAGUUUAGAGAAGAGCAGACAGGAGGUAGAGGAGUUACAGAUUGCCAUCAACACAAUGAAAGCCAGCAACAAAGAUCUCAUCAAAACCCUGGAGAGCACACUAAAAGACAGAGAGGCAGAAUUGAAACAGGAACAAGCUAAAAGCAAGGAAAUAGAUGCCAGACUAGAGCAUGUUAUAGGGGAGAAAGAAAGAAUAGAAGCACUAUACUUGGCUUCUAAGAAAGAAGAAGAAAAUAGUCUUGAGGAGGUGGCAAGACUUCAGAGUAUUCUAGACAACCAUUACACAGAGAAAACUGAGCUAAACUCUAAAAUUGAGAGUCUACAAGAGGAAAAGACCAAGCUGAAAGAUGAACUUGUCAUGCUAAAAGAACUAAACUCACAGUUGGUUGAAGAAAGCAAUCGACUGAUUGGUCAUACAAAUACUAAUCAAAAGAUUCGUUUGUUUGACAAGAAAAAUCAAGAAUAUAAUGAAUUAGCAAAGAAACAUUGUGAGCUUCAACUAGAGCAUCGCAAACUUCUGCAAGAACUUAAGCAGCCUCAGUGUAAGAUUACGGGUACACCUACAUCAAAAUCAACAAGCUCAACAGGCAUUCGGGACAUUACAAAUGUCAACCAUAACUGAUGCAUCUUGCUGCGACAAGGUGAGAGAAGAAUGCAGGGUUGUUACCAGGUCACCAUUAGCUAGUUUUGAAGAUAUCAGCCAUUGUUUAUAAAGCUAUUUUUUUAUAGGUUGACUUUUCGGCAAGUUUUGUGCUGUAAAUUAUUUAGUAAUGACAUCUUAACUCCAUAGAACAUGGGAGUAACUUUUUUUUGUCAUAUAUUGACAAAAAUUUUCCAUCAUUUAUGCCUUAGUUGAACAAUGUUAAAACAGCUAAAAAAUGUGUAUGUUAUUAAAAGUGAACAAGUGUAUGUUAUCAAUUAAAAGUGAACAUUUUGUCAUGUUUUUUGGUUGUUGCUCACACAGCAAUUCACUGCCCAAGUUAACCCAGUUUUCAAUCUAACACUGAAUGUUUCAUAUUUUUACUGUACGAGCUAUCUCUUACUGCAAGCCUUGUGUGAUUAAAAAUGUAUGACCAAACUCAGAGAUCAAUUUCAUACUAACCUAACCAUAAGAGUUCAUUUUUACAAUUAAAUUGCCAAAUUUCUGUCACUUGUUUUUACAAUUUAAAAUUGUAAAUAUUUAUAUGCUAAUGAUGUAUAUUGAUACUAUGAAUUAUUUUUGUAAAUAUUUACCUAUUUGUAGGCAGCAAUACAGAAUGUUUUAUUUAAUUAAACAACUAGAUGUGCCAUUCACAACAUAAGAUUUCUCACUUUGUAAGGCCCACCAAUCUAGAAUAUUCAACUCAUCCAAGGAAGCAAACAUCACAAUUUCCACACAAUUGUCUGUUUUAUUUUUACAUGUUGACUGAAUAAACCAGUUGUUAAACUAG